CAUAUCGUCAUCACCUGCUCUCUGCUCGCUUCGAUUUCAAUUCCCGAUGAGACCAGCUCGAGGGGCGAGAGAUGUUUAUGUAUAUAAUCGUUGGAUUUUUUUAAAAAUUAAAUUUUAAAAUACCAUAUUUUUUUCUCUUUCAAAUCUCUCUCUCUCUCUCUCUCUGAUCCGCUUUUUAUGCUCGUAAUCUCCUGCUUAUAUCAGCUUUUCCUCAUCACCCUUCCUUUUUCUCCUGACCAGAGCUGAGACCUUGUCUAAGUCUCUCUCUCUCUCUCUCUCUCUCUCUCUCUGUCUCUCUCGUUUUGAGAUGGGAAGAGAGUGGUACUGGAGCAGAUCUUUUAGAAAGGGUGAGAAAGAGAGCCCAGGGUGCAUGAGUGGCGUUCUUCACCUCUUUGAUUUUCAUCAGUUUCAGUACACUCCACAGCAACAGCAGCAACAGAAUCAGGCUUUCAAGACAGACCCACUUCACAUUGAUCAACCCUUUUCGAAAGGUGUAGAAGCACCAAGAAACAGUUUGGAGUUAGAAGGAGAUCUAUUUCCUCGAAAUCCAUUACCGCCACCCAUUGAAGAAGAUGACAUACCUAUCGGGAUCCGUCUUGUUACUAGUCAUCCAAACAGUAUGGAAAAAGACCCAUCAUCAGACACCACUAGCUCCCAAGGAUCCAGAACACCAAAUCUCGUGGCCCGCCUCAUGGGUCUUGAUCUAUUACCUGAUCAUGUCUGUUCACCAAAGAUCCAAUCUCAACCGUCCCCAUCACGCCCGAAAUCCAAUCCAUCUCGUAGACAUCUCCAAACCAAAGACACCAACUUCACUAUAACGGAUUCUACACGAUACGAUACGGGCUCACGUUCAUUACCAGACACUCCAAGAAUAUCAUCUGCCAGACGGUCAGAUGUCGAUCCACGUCUUUCUCUUCAACUAAAUAAAGAGAAUAUAGAUGUCAACGAUUUCAAUUACUCACCAUUCUCUUCAAGAAAGAUAGGAAAGAAAGAAGGGAAAUUCCAGUAUGAAGAAAACAAGAGUCCAAGAAAAUACGCUCGUGAGAUCGUGAAGCAAGUGAAAGAAAGUGUAAGUAGGAGAGUUGGGAUUGAUAUCACAAACAUCUCUACUAACAACAGAUGCAGGAACAAAGAUAAUGAAGCUCUAACAUUCAAUAUCAGAAAAACGAAGAGGCCCACCAAAUCAAGUGACGAUACUAGUCCAAGCAAGACAUCAUGUUCUCCUCGACUUAGAUUCUUAGAGCCGAAGACCAAACCACCUACAGAAAGCAAAGAUCAAUUCAAGAGUUUUACGAAGCCGCGGCUAUCUCCAUCACCAUUAUCGUCUUCGAUCUCAUCCUCACCAUUGGAAUGUACAAAGAACAAAUCACAGACGUUGCCGCGAUCGACAGUCAAAUGCAAGAAGGCUAGCUGCGAACGAUUCACGCAGCGACCCAAGAAGGCUGCUGCUAAUAUAGAGAAGAAAUGCAAGGCUAUACGAAUCCAUGCACCUCCAUCAUCUCAAGCACGGGCACAAGCAGCCGUUCCACUACAGUUAUCUUGUUCGUCGAGCCCAUUGUACGAACUCCAACCUCAGCCGUUGUUCGACGACCGAGACGACAGCAGGACCACCGUUACCGUUGGUGGUGCUGCCGACUUCCGGUACGUUAGUGAAAUCCUCCAAUGUACGGGCGUGCACGGAGCCACGCCAGUUUCUUUCACGAGGUGGUUCUCUCCUGCGCACCCCGUUAAUCCUAGCCUCUUUCUACACCUGGAGCACUCCUUCCAGCCCGACACGUGUGGGCCGCUCAAGCACAGGUCCAACCGACGGCUGCUAUUCGAUCUCGUCGACGAGAUCCUACGCGACACACUCAGGCCGUACCUCAACAUGAGGCCGUGGGCACGUGCAGCAGAGAAGACCGAGCCACCGAGGCACGUGACAGGCGAGCAGCUCCUACAUCAGCUAUCUUCGCGAGUGCGGGGCUUCCCUCUAGCCAAUUGCCAGACUCUCCAGGACAUUGACGCGCUCGUGGAGAAGGAUCUGUCCGGGUCUAACGUGCGCCGGUGGGCGUUAUACUCGGCGGAGGAAGAGAACGAGUCGAUCGUGUUCGAGAUCGAGCGGGAGAUCGUGGACUCACUCGUGCAUGAGUCGCUGCUGUUGUUUCUGAUGGAAGGAGCGCAGUAGGGCAGACUGCGGGGAUUGACGUCAUCACGGCCGUUCCGUACUGAAACGGCGCAAUGAUGAGAGCGGGAUCUGUCAGAUGUCACAUGGGGCUUCACGUGACGAGAUGCUAUUCGCUGGCCAGAUUCCUCGGGGGACGGAGUCGUGACCGCCACGUGU